AUGACGGCUUUUAGAAAAUAUAUAGAUAUAGGAGCAAAUCUUACUGAUGAAAUGUAUCAAGGUAUAUACCAUACGUCAAAAAAGCAUGAGCCUGAUCUGGAUACAGUUCUAGAACGUAGCUGGUCAUCUGGAUUGUGUAAAAUGAUUAUAACUGGAGGGAGUUUAACUGAUAGCAAAAAAGCAAUUAGUAUGGCACAAUUGGAUUCUCGUUUAUUUUCUACUGUAGGAUGUCAUCCCACAAGAUGUAAUGAGUUUGUUGAAAACCCUGAAACAUAUUUAGAUGGACUAAGGGAUCUUAUUGCAAGCAACAGAGAUAAAGUUGUUGCUGUUGGAGAGUGUGGCUUAGACUAUGAAAGGCUUCAUUUCUGUGAAAAAGACAUUCAACUUAAAUAUUUUGAAUAUCAAAUAAAAUUAAGUCGCGAAUUUAAUCUACCAUUGUUCCUCCACUGUCGGGCAGCCGCUGAUGAUCUGGUGGACAUACUAGAAAGAAACAAAGAUAAUGUGAUGGGUGGAGUUGUUCACUCAUUUGAUGGAUCUCUUGAGGCACUGGAGAAGAUACUGAGCCUGGGAAUGUAUAUUGGUAUCAAUGGAUGUUCAUUGCGUACAAAGGAGAAUUUGGAAGUGGUAACAAAAAUACCACGGGACAAACUCAUGAUAGAAACAGACUGUCCUUGGUGUGAGGUGAAGCCGACUCAUCCAGGAUAUGUGCAUGUUGUAACAAAGUACCCUUCGGUGAAGAAAGAGAAAUAUUCAAUUAACUCUGGUAAUCAAGUGAAAGGGAGGAAUGAACCAGCUAAUAUUGUGCAAGUACUAGAAAUUUUAGCAGCGGUACGCAACGAAAAUAUUGACGAUUUAGCCGAAGCUAUUUAUAAUAAUACUAGUAAAUUAUUUUUUUAUGAUAAAUAG